AUGAAUUACACACAGAUAGAAAACCAUGACCAUCAUCAUGGGGAUGGUAACCCACAAUCUUAUGGCCAAAUAGCAACUGUGUUGUGUUGCGAGUGUGGUGUUCCAAUGGAUGGGUCAUCGGGUCUCGUUAUGUGUUACGAUUGUAUUAAAUUAAAGGUUGAUAUCACCGAAGGUAUUCCAAGAGAAGCUAACGUUUCCUUCUGUAGAAACUGUGAACGUUUCUUGCAACCUCCAGGUCAAUGGAUCCGUGCUCAACUUGAAUCUAGAGAACUUUUGGCUCUUUGUUUAAGAAGAUUGAAAGGUCUUAAUAAAGUUAGAUUGAUCGAUGCUUCAUUUAUUUGGACCGAACCACAUUCUCGUAGAAUUAGAGUUAAGAUCACCGUUCAAGGUGAAGCUAUGGCUAAUACUAUUGUCCAACAAACUUUCGAAGUUGAAUACGUUGUUAUUGCCAUGCAAUGUGCUGACUGUGCUAAAUCUUAUACUACAAACACUUGGAGAGCUACUGUUCAAAUCAGACAAAAAGUUCCACAUAAGAGAACUUUCUUGUAUCUUGAACAAUUAAUUCUUAGACAUAGUGCCCAUGUUGAUACCAUUUCUAUUCAAGAAUCAAAAGAUGGUCUUGAUUUCUUUUAUGCUCAAAAGAAUCAUGCAGCAAAGAUGCUUGAUUUCUUGGGUGCUGUUGUCCCAGUAAAGGCUAAAAAAUCCGAAGAAUUGGUUUCCCAAGAUACCCAAUCUGGUUCUUCUCAAUAUAAGUUUUCCUUCUCAGUGGAAAUUGCCCCAGUAUGUCGUGAUGAUUUGGUUGUAUUACCUAAAAAAUUGGCUCAUUCCUUGGGUAACAUUCCUCGUUUAGUCUUAUGUUCUAAGAUUUCUAACUCUAUUCAAUUUUUGGAUCCAAACACAUUACAAACUUCUGAUUUGUCAGCUUCUGUAUAUUGGAGAAAUCCAUUCCCUUCCUUAUGUGAUGUCACUCAAAUGCUUGAAUUCAUUGUUUUGGAUGUUGAACCAACUGGAGAAAUCAGAGGUAAGAGAGUUUUGGCUGAUGUUACCGUUUGUCGUGCAUCUGAAAUGGGUGUUAAUGAUAACUCUUAUUAUGUUCGUACUCAUAUGGGUGGUAUUUUACAUCCAGGUGAUUCUGUCAUGGGUUACUACUUGAAGAACUCCAACUUCAAUUCUGACUUGUGGGAUACUUUAGAUACUGACAACACUCCUGAUGUUGUUCUUGUUAAGAAGCAUUACGCAAGAAAGAGUAAGAAGGGUAAGUACAGAAAGUGGAAGUUGAAGAGAAUGGCCAAGGAACAUAAUGAUAUUGUUGCCAAUGAUGAUUCUAGACAAGCUAAACAAGAACAAGAACGUGCUGAAAGAGAUUACGAAUUGUUCUUGCAAGAAUUAGAAGAAGAUGAAGAAUUGAGACAAACCAUUAACUUGUAUAAGGCUGCUGAGGACGUUGCUCCACCAACUGAAGAUGAAGAUGAAAUGGGAUUCUCUGAUGAAGAUGCUCCACAAAUUGCUAUUGAUGAAUUGUUGGAUGAAUUAGAUGAUAUGACUUUAGAUGACCACCCAAUGGCUGAAUAA